AUGUCUUUUUCGUCAAGAAUGAUAGAAAGUUUUAAGCUGCCAAAAGCUCGAAUUAGUAUAGCCGUUGCGAAUCAUGCAGAAAAUGUUGUAAAGCAAAUCAUGAGAGCUGAACAAAAGAAUAAUACAUUGACCGUUGUAGAAGUAUAUCCAGGAUAUGGCUUAUUGACCCAAGCGCUCUUAAAAUCAAUGAAGCCGAGUAUACGAAAAGUGUAUGCGUUUGAACCGGAGAUCAAAUGUGAAUCUUAUCUAACUGAAUUAUCAAAUGAGUUUAAUGGGCGACUAGACUUUUCUAUUGACAACGUAUCUCGAGAAAAAACAUUGCAGAAGAUCGGGGAGAAACUCGAGAAUGAUGGCACUGUACCAACUUAUCCUUGGGAGGAAAGUCAAAUACCUCUACCAACCAAAUCUGAUAACUAUUUGCUAUCGUUAUUAUUGCGAGCAUUAACUUCCCGAUUGGGUUUCUUCGCGUUUGGAAGAGUAGAAAUGAAUUUACUUUUUCCCGAUCCUUUAUUCAAAAAAUUAUUUACUGACGAAGAUGAUACAUCACGAAGGAUACUUAAUUUGUGCAUUCAGGCGUUUAUGGAAACUAAACUAUUAAUGGUGGUGCCGCAAGAAGCUGUUAUUCCAAAGUCCAAAGAAAACAAUCAAUUAUCCCUUGUUAGAUUAACGCCAUUGGUUACACCGAAAAUUAAACCGUCAAUGUAUGAAACGUACAAGUAUAUCUUAAGUAAUCUUUAUCAUGUACCGACGCAACCGUUGAAGCAACGCAUAAGAAGUUUAGCAUGCGGCGCAGAAAAUCUACUGCCAAAACUGUCCUUUAACAAAAGAAUUCCAGCUGGCAAAAUGACGGUUGACCAAGUGUGCGAGUUGACGAGAGUAUUUGACGAAUGGCCUUUUCGUCCGAAACUUGAAGAUUUGAUUCAUGCAUAUGAUGAAGAAUUUGGAAAAAAACGACGACGAUGA